UCAUGAUUGCGAACCAAAUGCGAGCAACGACGUUUUCUUCUUGAUGUGAGAACUUAUCCGCAGACAAAUCACAGACACAAGCUGCAAGUCCAACUCGUAUCAUCUGAAUCGGUAUGGAGAACAAGCGCGUUGAGUGCACCCGGUGUGCGGGCGAGGGCCGCCUGCGUUCCGGCGGCCGCGGACAGGGGGGCUGGUUUGUGUGCGAAGCGUGCGCGGGGCAGGGCUACAAGGACAUUCCCGUGCGGCGGGCGAACCCGGUGGUCGGGAAGAGUGCGUCGGCCGCGGGCAGCGGACGCGGGGGAACCGGAGGAGGUGUUUCCGGAGCGGGGACCACUGCCGGUCGGAACAAUUCCAAUCGGCAAAACGGCGCCGCGGCCGGGUCUUCGGGGAGCAACAACAAUGGAGGCGUCGGAGCCCCCGUGGUCGGCGCUAGCUCUUCCUCCGGCUCAACAAAUCGCGGAACCGCAACUGGUACCAACGGAAGGACGAACCAAAAUAACCGCGGCGCAGGAGCUGCUGCGACAGGAUCUGCAUCUACUGCUGCCGGCGCUUCUAGCGGCACUGGGGGGCGAAACGGAAAUGGUAAUUCUAACGCUUCAUCAAACAGUAGACGCGGCACUGCAGCGGCUGCUGGCGCGGCGGACCCGAACCAGGUCGAUGUGGAGGUGGAGGACGGCGACCGUGGCGGCACCAAUGGCACCAAUGCAAGUAGCGCCGGCGGCGCCUUAGGUUCGUUGUUCUCCAGUAGCAAGCGCGUCUCGAUCCAGCGAACGGACGAGGGAACCAUGAUGAGCGUCAAUUGCAACUGCUCCUACAUUAUGCAUUGCAAAUUAAUAAAUAUGUCUGGGUCUGGAAACUUGUAAUGCUGGGUGGCGUAUCCUGAUGAGGCCACAAGUGCUGGCUCAGAAUGACAAGUUUCUGAGCUUCUAGGUGUUGCCUAUUCUCCAUGACAAACUACGUUUCUGCAUGACAGAAAAAUGGAGCUCUUGGGUAACGUGCCUGACGGAAUCGAGAGUCAUGCCAGACAAGCAUGACAAACAUGCAUUCUUCCAGACCCAGACAUUUUUGCACUUGAUAUACAUUGGGAAAGCCGCGGCGGCCAGUUUCUGCGUCAUCGGGGUGCUGCUCGUGGUUUCCGACAAGUCCGAUGGGAGCUUCAUUUUCGGCCUCAUGGUCCUGUUUUUUGGUCUGCUGUAUCAAAUGUAAAAAUGGCGGGGUCUGGAAGAAUGCAAGGCUUGUCAUGCUUGUCUGGCAUGACCCAUGAUGCUUGUAAUGCAUGACCCAGCAUCACAGAUUUUUGGAAAGAUUCCUGGUGCCAUUUCCGCAUGACAAAUGCCCUCCUCGCGUAGCACAAAUGUGGCUCCUCUUGCUGGUCAUGCAAUACAGAUUUUUUUAGAGUCCAAAGUUAGCAUCACAAGUUCGAACUUUCCAGACCCAGACACUUUUACAUUUGAUAUGCUGCUGGGAUUUGCCAUGUUCAAGGAGCAAAUCGUCGAGAGGCUGGGAGCGACGUGACGAGUUGGACAGGAAGAUGAGAAAUUGGAAAGCGUUUUUGAAUUUAAAAUUUCUUUUUCUGUAAAAUUCAGACAGGUGCUGGGUGUUUUGGCAUUGGCACUUCACGAUAAGCUGCUGUACGAUGGAUGUGCGUGGUAAUUUCGAAAGGCUGUGACUGUUUCCGUAAGCGAAGGAGAACUACAUAAU